AUCUCUGAAACAUUCAAUGUCUUCCAAAACAUUUUGCAACUUUUUUCCCCACUUAAUUCGCAAUCUUUUGUCGCUAAACUAAAAAUCUUGCAAUAAAUUAUGGGUCUGUAUGCUCGUCUGAAAUCUAGAUAUGGUAUUUCCAGCCGGAUUUGCAAACGAUAUUAAGAUAUGGCGCUUUAAUUGCCUGUUUGUGGGUGUUUUUUUUCCUGAAAAAAGUCAUCACGCCAAAAUCGCGAUAAAAAUGAAAAAGUGUAAAAAGAUAAAGAAUUUACAUUUUGUCUCAAAAUUGCUCAAAUGAUCGAUUGUCUCCAUGAAUUUGAGUUUCUAUCACCGGCCGAAGGAUCCGAAAAUACCAACAUGACCAACAUAAAGUGUUCGCGAAUGGUUCGUCGAGCAUUGACCAUCUCGACGUGAGACGUUUUGAAAUGCUUGUGGAUGUCUCAAUAUUUCCAGUCUCAACCAAGACUUCCACCUCCACUUCUUCAGCGCCUUCAGUUGCUUCCCAGCUCUCCAUGAGACUGCAUCGCGUUUCCAGCCGCUGAAGAAAGUCUUGAGUGAGGUGCGUUUGGUUUUCUCUUGGGACGUGGCCACAAAUCAAGAGUAAAUUUUAGAAAAACAGGAAUUGCUCAAAUCUUCACACUACUGCAGGAUCCGUCCAAAAUGCUUUUCUUCCUGGUGGUGUACGUUGGCCCAAUUGUAGUGGCUGGCGUGUCCUUGGCACUGCUCUACUUCAUGAAAUCCAGCAAAGAAAUGCCCAAGAAUUGGGAUGAGUUCUUAACUGAGGCCUGGUUCCAGUACCACGGAAUCCGAGGUCUUGCUGAAGACAGACUCAACAGUCGCUACAACGUCGUUGAACUUUUUAAGCAGCCAGGAAGAGUCGUUGUGAUGACUGGAGGCAAUCGUGGUAUUGGUCUGAAGAUCGUUGAGAAGCUUCUUGACUGCGACAUGACUGUAGUCUUGGGCGUCCGAAAUGUCGAAUCCUCCAGGAAGUCAAUUGCCAAAGAGAUCCCUGAAGAAAAGACAUCCGGGAAGCUAUUCCUGGAGCAACUGGACGUAGGAACAAUGGACUCCGUGAGGAAAUUUGCUGCAGCCAUUAAGAAGAAAUAUCGAAAGAUUCACAUUUUGAUCAACAAUGCGGGAAUCAUGGCAGCUCCUUUUGCGCUCACUGACGAUGGAUUUGAAAGCCAGAUGGCUAUUAAUUACUUGGGACAUUUCUUGCUGACACAUUUGCUGCUACCGGAAAUUGUGGCAGCUGGUGAAGAGGAUAGGCAUUCCAGGAUUGUGAAUGUGUCCUCUUGCGUGCACCUGAUGGGUGACAUUGAUUAUGAUAACUUCCACGGAUCCAAGACUUACUAUGGGGCAACAGCCUACAAUCAAUCAAAACUGGCUCAAAUCCUAUUCACCAAACACCUUCAAGUCCUCUUUGGUACACGUCAGCUUCCAGUCCAGGUUCAUGCUGUUCAUCCUGGCGUCGUUGAUACUGAUCUCUUUGUUCAUACAUCCUCAACAGUCAUUCCUUGGUUCAAAAAAGCCCUCUUCAAGAAUCCUGAACAGGGAUCGAGAACAGUAGUAUAUGCAGCGAUUUCUCCAAAAUUGGAGGGCAAAGGUGGAUCCUACCUCAGCAACUGUCGCCUCCACAGGACACAUCCAAUGGCCAAGGACGCGAAGGAAUGUGAGAAACUCUUUGAUUACACGCGGGAGAUGCUGAAAAUUGAGGAUUUCGGCCGACCAGAAUAACUUGUGAUGGAUUCUUUGAGGACAAUAAAUACUUUUUUUUAUUCCAAAAA